AUGGCCCAGAAAACACUUGAAACGAGCGGCAGCCUCAGGCUGUUGAGCUAUGAUGAGCUUUUCAAGCCUUCGGAAGUGAAGACAAUCGAGAAGUUCCGAGGUUUUAAACGGCAGAACACCCUGAAAGGCGAUACACGAGCAAAGAAUGAGUUGCUCAGUGUACUGCGACAACAGCGCGUUCUGGUGGAUGAUAACGCGAUUCAUUUUGUAGCGGAGGCUCGAGGCGAAAGCAAGGCAGACGCGAGGAAUUCUGUGUUCAAGCUGGCGCAGAGGUACAAGGUGUUACCAGAUACAGAGAACGUAAAAAAGAUCAAGCAGCUUUUCGGGAGAGUAAGGGAGGAUGAUUCUGGAGAUGAAGAUUGGGAACCAUCUUUUCGUCGGUUGCCUACCUGUCUGAAGACAAAACGAGGUGCGAAAAUGAUGGACGAUGAAGUCUCGCAUGAUAUACUGCUUGGAGAAAUAGACUCUAUAGAAGACGAGUCUUCGAAGCUGGGGGACAACGUCGUUUCGUCGGAAGCGGUGAAGGAAGAACCUGAAGAGGUGAUAAGCCGUGUCAUUGACCAGCAGGGCGGAGGGCUGGGGCUCGCUACAGAAAAAGCGGAGUCGGCAACGGAGAAACAGGAAGAAGACUUUGACGACGACGAUGAGGAUGAUGCUCAUUUUGAUCACGAUGACAUCAAGGUCCUGAAUGACAUGCAGAGAGAGUUCAUUGGAAAUAACCUGACCGCGUGGCUACAGGAUAUCCGGAAAGCAUAUGAGUCAGGUGUCAAGCUCGUGAAGGUCAACGCGCUGGGGCUAAAGUUCAUACGCAUUCUCACAAUCAAGGAUAUGGUUCUUUCGAUCCGUCAGCCCCAUACGCAGUCGAAGGUCAAGGUGGAACGGCAGGUCGCAAUAACAGAAAUAAUCAGUGUGAAACUGGGACGCGAUUCAAAGGAGUUCCGUGCGCUGGAUAAGCUCGUCGAGGAUAAAAAAGAGCCGGCGGAUACAAACCCGCCAGCAACAUUAUGCGCAGUGGUGGACCUCCCAAAGAACAGGUCACUGUCUUUGGUUUUUCUGGAAGAAGAUCAGAGAAACGGUUUCGUUUUCUUCCUUCGCGUUCUGCAAAAGAAAGCUCGGAGAGCAGCAGAGGAUCUCGGCGAAGCCGUAUGA